AUGAGGCACAGGCCGUCGUCCGCGCGCUUUUGGGAUGAGCGCUCGACACAAGGUACCAACUGUCAACGCAAAUCAGCACAUCCCACAUUCAUUGUCAACGGACGUCGGCAUCAUCAUGGACUUGGCAACCAGCGCAACGGCAACCAUCCAAGCGGAGCCCGCACAAAGACGCCAGUCACUCCUGUCCCACGCUACGAGCCAUUCCUCGACGUCGCGACUCGACAGGCGUCCUCCGAUUUGGCCGUUCGCGUCCCCUCCUCUAUAUCUCGCGCCGAGAUCCACCUACAUCCAUACCGAUCCGACCUUCUCCUGGGUUUGCAAUGCCGCCGGGGCAAUCGCUGGAGCUUCUUCGACGUUGUGACCGGCGAUCUGCUGACCGAAGAGCCAAAGACAGAGCCAACAGCCCACCCCGCUGAAUCCACCGCCGAUGUAGAGUCUGCGAAACCCUCCAAGGUCACGGAUAACCCUGCCACGCUGCAUCGCUUCAAGUGCUUGUGUUGGGCCUCGUCGUCCGAGGACAUGCAAGCCUAUGAUUCGCUUUACCCCGGCAGAGGAGCUGACUUUUCUGUCACCAAAUCGGGCGCCAUCCAAUCCUUGGCCCUCGCGUGGAGUAGGCUGCUCGUGCCCGUCGAGAUGGAUCGCAUUCAUGCCAACUUCGUCUUUGUCCAUGCAGAGGACCAUGUUGUCGAAAGGCUGCAAUUUGCGUGCACAUCCGUCUAUCCUCUCAGGGUCUACUAUCGUCGGGACGAUCUCAAAAUUCCUUGUCGUCUCUCGGAUGGCUCGAUCAUAAAUGCAGAUGUCGUGUUCACAGGAUACUGGAGCAUUGUCGCGAUCGAGAGGGACUCCGAAGCAAGCAUCCGUCUCGAGCUUCAUCGCUUCCAAGAGCCGGCCGGACUCGAUGACCCCGCAUCGAAGCUUGAACCAGCCUCCAAUGGCAGCACGAAUAUCCACCUCGAGUCCUCGGAGCAUACUUUCGGCGCGUUCCGGUGUCGGCGCUGCGGCAUGGCAAAUCGUGUCCGCCUCUCGUCCCCGCAAGAUGGAGCUGUGCUUCAGCGGGUCACGCAGCGAUCUUGGCCACGCGAACAUGCUUCUGACAAACGACGACCUGCCGCUACGUCUGACAUCGUCUUUCGAUACCGGAGCAAGGGUAAGAACAGCCCUGUUUACGUCGCUGCCUCAUCAUUCGGAGUACUGCUGACCAUCUGCGCACUGUCUUCUGCACAUGACAGGGCGCGUUCGGACGCCGUCUUGCAUCACAUUCUCAACCUCGGCCGAGCAGGUCAAGGCGGUCUCGAAACGCUCUCCCAUUCUUUGACGCUAUUCAAGCGCUUGAGCCGCAACAUCGAGGCCAAGAUUCACAUCCGGGAGUCGUUGCAGCUGGUCGGCGCUCAUCGCAAGCGCUUGCUACGACCCGCCGGCUGCCUCUUCCUGCUGCUCGAAAAGGGUCGUCUGAAGAUCGACUCUACUUUCUUUCCCGACACCAGCACUCACUUUGGUCUACUCGUUACCGGCUCGGAGACCAGUGUCUCCUUGAGGCGUAACAGAUUGCUAUGCUGCCGUCAAGCAAAAGACGUAUCCCUCGGCUCCUUCGUCAUGCAGGUGCACGACACUCUUGUAGCACCAGUCGAUGUGCUCCGGACAGCAGAGGUGCGUCACGUCACGUUCGGAUUCUAA